AUGGUCUUUUCCAGUGCAAUGCUUGGCGUUGCUGCACUUGUAUCGGCUUAUUUUGCAGCUCCUGCUACCGCUGCUGACCAACCUCUCCCUUGGGACGGUCUUGGAGUUGGUUUGACAGCUACAACGCUCGAAAAAAAAUACAUGACGCACAUCCUUACCCAGCGAAACGGUGGUCAAAAUGGAAAGCCUGCAGACUAUGUGACGAUCAAGCAAGAUGCACGACCAUCGUAUAAUGGAGACACGGCCGUUAUAGAUAUCAGUGUGGAUGCCAAAGCUAUCUUUCAAAAGCAACAAAACUUUCGUCGUUCCGAACUGGUUCAGAUGAUCGCUGGUAACCCCAAAGGUGUGACCUUUUUUCGUAUCAGUGUAAUGAAAGAAGAUGCUUUCUUGAAUCCUUACGCUUGGCAAUGUAUCUUCACUGAAUCACACAUUUUUGAAAUUCGUUUCGAUGCCAGUCUCACCACCACCAAGUUGAUUUAUCUCAAUGGUGGAACAUAUGAUCCAAAGUGGGAGACCGAUUUCAAGCCUGGUACGUGGUACAAUUUUGGUAUUGGUCUUGCGCCUUCGAGUACGGGAUACACACUCGAAUUCUACAUGAGCGAAGGUGAUGCAGAUCUUGUCCUUGAGAGAACGGAUGAGAUAAAAUCAGAACUUCCUACUUCACAUGAAUUCCACUAUGGUGCUUUGACUCUCUCGAGCGAUGGAAGUGAGCCUAAGAUGGCUGCCAAACCAGAUACUUUGUCUUACAAUGGUGUCACGGUUUCAGAUGAAGUUUCGCUUACCGGUGGUGGUUCAGGUGGAUCAAGUACCAAGUCUGGAAGCAGCAAGACCGAAGAUUCUCCUACACCAUCCGCACCUACACCAUCCACAGAUACUCCUGCCUCUGAUGCUGAUACCCCUUCUGUAAUGACCAAGGGUGAUUCACCUAGCGAAACUCCCUCAAUGGAAUCGGGUGCCUCAAAAUCAUGUGCUCGCAAGCGAAACCGCUAA